GUUUACUCCUGAGGCUAUAAAAGUCAUACACACUGAAUCAGUAGAAUGCAUUUAUAAACCAGUUAGUUAGCCAUGUUUAGUACACUGGUUAGAGCUUCACGACAGAGAUAUGCGUUCUUUGCCGUACACAAGAUGGCUAGUAUAGUAGUUACUAGACAAAGUUCUGGCAAAACUAGCGAUUAUUGUCAUCAUCGUUUAUACUCCAAUUCUGAUGAGUCCAAACCAUUCUCUGAGAUACCAACUGUUGAGGGAUGGUCACCAACGGCAACAGCGGAGGAUCAGAACACUAACUAUGCACGGCUGCUCGAGAGGUACGGACAAGUGUACAAGAUGAGGGAGCAAGGCAGUGAUGCAUGGACGAUAGUGGUACAUGGGCCAAAAGCAGUUCAAGCAAUGUACGCCUCGGAGGGAAGGUGUCCUUCUCGAGGGCGGCUAUUUACAGAGGCCAUCAGCCGGGUAUACAAGGACAACAAAUGGCGACCUUCAAUGGCAUUUGCGGGUGGACAGGAGUGGAGGAGAAUUCGAUUGGCCGCUAGGAAACAAGCAACCCCAAAGUGGGCGUGGCAGGCACUGGACCCCCUGCAUAGGUUGGGGGCGUGGCUAGGGGGUGCUCUCAACGGAGGGGGAGAUAUCAGACCAGCACUCGGUCACUGGGCAUACAAAGGCACGGCUUUGUUUGUCCUAGGGGACAUUGUCGACCUUGACCACACCCACAAAACAUUCAUGAGGGCGGGGUUAAAGUUCACACGAAGUCUAAAAUCAAUUUUAACCUCUCGAAACCAAAACAGUGAUUUUGUUGAAACAGGAAACACAAUGCGACAAUUAGGUAGACAGAUAAUGGAGAGGAGAUACCAAAGGAUGAAAGAAGGAAGAGAAACAAAUACAACACUACCGGGAGUGUUUGAGGAAUGGAUCAGGGAAGGAGUGUUCUCACCAGAGGAAGCUGUGGUACACUGUACAGAUCUAAUGGCUACAAGCUUCGAUGCUACAGCUAACAUGGCUACAUUCCUAUUAUUCGAGAUAGCCAAGCAACCGUCCCUACAAGAGCAGCUAUACAGAGAAAUCACCAUAGCAACCACCACACACAGGCGAGUGACCAUAGCAGACCUACAGCAAAUGAGGUUACUAAGAGACUGUGUCAAAGAGACGCUGAGAAUGUAUCCACCCAUGGCCAUUGGACGGAGGGUGGUAACCAUGGAUACUACAAUCAGCGGCUAUGCCAUUCCUAGUGGAACAAAUGUACACGCAACGAUGGGUCUAAUGUCACAUGACCCAACCUACUUCAACGAGCCAAUGAGAUUCAAGCCAGACAGAUGGAGAGAAAAGGACACAAUUCAAUCGUUUUCAUGUCUUCCAUUUGGUUUUGGAUCAAGAGCUUGCUACGGACGAAGGUUUGCAGAGCUUCAGUUGUACAGCUUGCUCUUAUCGGUCGUACCACGCUAUAAACUAUCGACAACACAACAGAGCAUACAGGUAGAGUAUAGCUCCGGCCUGGUUGCCAUGGAACCCGUGUCACUAACACUAGAGGCAAGAUGAACACAGGAACAAAUUUGUUUGCGUUUGUGUGUGUACGUACUCAAUAAAUCAGAUAUUCAAAUUUUAUUUUAUAAUCUCAUUUCUAGAACAGAACAAUUUUAUUUAUUACCCAGUAGUCAUUCAACACACCUUUUUCAAUUUUUUUUUCUGCAUGUACAGUAUGGUUUAAUUAAGCCCUAAAAUGCACAUUAUAGAAACUCCCAUUUUCUGG